AUGUGCGACUCGUGGACUGACUACAGAUUCGAUUACAUCGCCCAAGACGAGCUUGAAGAAUUUUGCUCCUGCCAAGAGCCGGCGAUGAAAGCAAAGAUCGAGGAGAUUAUGAACAUCUCAAUUCUCGCUGCCGUUGGCGUCUCGAUCCUGAUGAUGAUCAUCCUCGUCUGCCUCAUCGUCAAGAAGCAAAAGAAUGAACCUCCACGAAGAAACUUGCUGAUCUCACGACCUGUUCAUCUUCCAGAAGACAUCUAA